AAGUGACGACACCUGUUGGGACUGUGUGAUCAGAUCUCCGUUAGAGAGUCAGACAGAAGCUUUGGGUUCUCGCUCUGCUGAUUGUGUUUUGUUGCACAAUGUUGCUUCUGGUGUUCCUCUGUGUUUCCACAGUUGGCGGGGUCCCCAUAAACCAGACCCAGGAGGCUGACAGUCACACCACAGUUGGUGCCAUCGCCUUAAAUGACACCCAUAAUGCGACCAGUCCAGCCCCAGGUCUGGUUUCUGUAGCGCUUGAUCCACCACAACUGGUCAGUGCAGAAACCUUGGAAGAGCUCCAUGAAGACAUGAUUGUCCAAGAAGGAGACAUUUUGAUCCCGGAGGACAGGAAUGCAGUGGAGACCCUGUGGGCUGACGCCAUCGUGCCGUACACCAUCAGUGAUGAGCUGGCUCAUCGGUUGUCUGAGAUCUACGCCGCCUUCAAGAUGAUAUCAGAUUUCACGUGCAUUCGCUUCAUACAGCGAACCACAGAGAUGAACUACCUAAAGUUCCUGAACGGCAAAGGCUGUGCGUCCUUUGUUGGUUGUCGAGGAGGAGACCAGCCGGUGUAUUUCUCCAGGACGUGCAGUGUGGGGAAUCUCUGCCAUGAGCUCAUUCAUGCUUUGGGAUUACAUCAUGAACACACCCGUGAGGACCGAGAUCGUUACGUCAUGGUGCAGUGGCAGAGCAUCAUGCCAGGAAGAACAAAAAACUUCAAGGUGAAAAAUGGGAACACUUUGAACCUGCCGUACGAUAUCAACUCCAUAAUGCACUACGGAUCGUAUUUUUUCAGUAAAGAUGGAGGUCCGACUGUGUUGCCCAAGCAGGGUGGAGAGCAGAUGGGUCAGAGAACACACCUCAGUCACCUGGACAUAGAGAGACUGAACAGACUGUACCACUGCGAUGCACGGAUGAACGGGUGAACGGGCUUGCUGUUGGUUUACCUGCAUUUCCCUGGAGAUGAAAUAAAAUUCAAAAUGUC